AUGCAUGCCCUUAUACCAUUUAAUGCUCUGGGUCCACCUUCAAGACACUGGUCUGUGGAUCAGGCGAACCACCACUUCUCUUCCAAGAAUCAGUCUGACAGGUUCUUUAGGAGGUUCUCCCUUUCUUUUUCUUUACCCAUCCUUUUAAACACAAUGGCACCAAAGAAGGACGUGAAGAAACAUGCUGCCGCUCCUGCCCCAGCCCCUGCACCUGCACCUGCACCUGCCCCAGCACCUGAACCUGCACCUGCACCUGCCCCACCCAAAGAAGCAAAGAUUGACCUCUCUGCCAUUAAGAUCGAGUUCUCUCAGCAACAGCAGGAAGAAUUCAAGGAGGCAUUUCUCCUAUAUGACAAAAAAGGCGAUAACAAGAUCACCUUAAACCAGGUUGGUGAUGUCCUUCGGGCUCUGGGCACAAAUCCCACCAAUGCAGAGGUCAAGGCGGUUCUGGGAAACCCCAGCAAGGAAGAGAUGAAUGCCAAGAAAAUUGAGUUUGAACAAUUUCUGCCCAUGUUGCAAUCUAUUUCCAACAACAAGGACCAGGGCACCUAUGAAGACUUUGUUGAGGGUCUGCGUGUCUUUGACAAGGAAGGCAAUGGCACCGUUAUGGGUGCUGAACUUCGUCAUGUACUAGCUACACUAGGUGAAAAGAUGAAAGAGGAAGAAGUGGAAGCCCUGAUGAAAGGUCAAGAAGACUCAAAUGGCUGCAUCAACUAUGAAGCUUUUGUCAAGCACAUCAUGUCUGUCUAA